AUUAAAAUUAAUUUUAAAACUACUUUAUUAUUAUUACUCAUACGUAAUAAAUAUUCUAAAAACAACACCUCAAUUUUUUCAGGUAAAUAUUUCGUUUUAAUUCUAAUUUUUUCUGUUGUUUCCUGUCAAGAAUGUCCUAGUAGAGAAAUUACUCCCUGUACUUGCGAUCGGGAGGGAAUUAACUGUAGAAAAAUAAAAAAUUAUUCAGAACUUGAUUCGGCUUUCGAAAAAAUUUCUCCAUUCGAAGUUCGCAAUGUCUGGAUUCAAGGAACCUCUAUAAGAAAAUUGGCAAGCGAUGUAUUUCGGAAAGUAGAAGCUCAAAACUUCUAUCUCGACAUGAAUUUCAUUCGCGAAAUUGAAUCCGGUGCCUUCAAUUACUCAAUGGAAAUAGUCGAUACUAUUAGUCUCUACUCGAACCAGAUCGAAAGCUUCCCUUUCGAAGAUAUCGGAAAGUUUUCAAGGUUAAGAAUUCUAAAUUUAGGCCAGAACCGAUUGCGUUAUCUUCCAAAAGGAUGUUUCUCCAAUAACAAAUCCUUGAAGAAAAUAAUUCUAAUCGAAAAUAAUAUAAUUAAUAUUGGCCAAGAAGCAUUUUUAAACAUGCCUUCGUUGCAGCUGUUAGAUCUUAGUGGCAAUGAAAUAAAAUCAUUAAACGAUCGCUCGAUGGCAUCCGAAGAAAACCAUCCGAGAUUAGAAAUUGAUCUUUCGUUUAACGAAAUUUCUUCCAUAUCGCCUACAGCUUUUCAAGGUUUGAAACCUCACAUCGUCAAUUUGGAUCACAAUGAACUUUCAACCUUAGAAGAAAAAGUGUUCUUACCNACAACGAAAGCUAUGACGUGUCGAAUCGUGUCUUUUCGUAAAUAUAAAAUUUAA